AUGAUACUUUCAGGGACAGAUAUUUGCCAGGAGACUGGACCAGAAUAUAAUCUUACAGAUAUUGCUUCUUCAAUGACACAGCUGCUAGUUUUUAAUGCUGCAAAACGCGUAAAAAUGUACAAAACGUUAAGCCAUCCUUCAGAUAGAGAGAUCAUGCUGCCCUUACAUAUAGACCUUACAGUUCACAACAAGACCAGAAGAAACGAUCUUAUAGACAUCCUGUACAAGAAUGAACUCUCAGUGUCAUAUGACCGAGUACUGCGUAUAUUUACGUCUGUGGCUAGUGCAGUUAUAACUAUGUAUGAAGAUUCCGGGGUUAAAUGUCCCCCAAUUAUUCAAGAAAAUGGCUUCAUACAGGUAACCGUUUCGAGUAGAGUGAACCGUACAUUUUUUCGUAUAGCUGUAGUAAAAGGAACACAGCUACACAUAUGUAUUUAUGUCGGCAGUCACAUCCGAGACCAUACGAGUAAUGAAUUAAAUGACUGCGUUGCCGCUGUUCGUCGGUGUCUGGAACGUUUCCUGAAAUCGUCCAAUGUUAUAUUUGCACGAAUGAGUAGACAAGUAGGCGCAACACCUGCAAAGGCGAGAAGACAACAAUAUGAAAUAAAAGCUCUAGAACAUGCUGCUGGUUUCCCUUAUGGUGGUCAUAAGGUUGGUCAUAAAACAAUUUUGACAGACCAAGAGGAAACCAGAAUUGCCAACUGGGCCACACAUAUGGCACGUAUUGGAUAUGGUCGCACACGCCAGGAACUUUUGAACACUGUCAAAAAGAUAUUAGAUGAAGAUGGAAGGCCUAAUCUCUUUAAAAACAAUAGGCCGGGGAAAGAAUGGUUAAGUGGAAUUUUCAAGAGACACCCAGACCUUUCACUACGAACAACAAUUCAGUUAGGGAAAGAGAGGGCUAUCAUCUCCCCUGAAAAAGUGUCCAAGUGGUUCGAGGAUUUUAAGCACUAUAUUGAAGAGGAAGUUGGCGACAAAGACCUGCUAAACGAUCCGUCAAGAAUUUACAAUGCUGACGAGACUGGUGUAAGUCUUUGUACCAAAGGUAAUCAAGUGAUUGUCUUGAAAGGGGCACCGGUGGUAUACCAUUAUGGGAAUUCUGACAAAACCCAACUAACCAUAAUGGCUUCUUGCAGUGCUUCAGGACAUUAUAUUACACCACUGCUAAUUUUUCCGGGGCAGCGAUUUAGUUAUAACCCUUUGGAGGGAUUUGAGGAAGCAGCUUUAGGUAGAUCAGAAAAUGGGUGGAUGGACUCUGAGGUUUUCUGUAAUUGGCUAGAAAAUGUUUUCAUUCCCGGCAUAAACGAAAGAAAAGUGAAAAAGCCCGUUUUGUUGUUAAUAGACGGACAUUCUACACACAUAACGAUGGACGCGUCUGAUAUUUGUUUGCAGAAUGGAAUAGAACUGUACUGUUUGCUGGAACAUGCAUCGCAUGUAAUGCAACCCCUUGACCUGAGACUGUUUAGUGCACUUAAGAAGUCGUGGAAACAAUCUGUCAGAGACUGGCAAUCAGAACACAUUGGCGAGUAUGUGACAAAAGUCACUUUUGCGAGAGUCUUUAAGGCUGCAUGGAAACAAAGUACAACUACUGAUGCUGCUGUAAAAGGCUUUGCUGAAGCAGGACUGUUUCCUUUAGAUCCUACUGUCGUAACACAAUCGGUGAAAAUAGAACCAAGUAAGAUGUUCUUGAGUGACAAUCAAUAUUCAGCCACAAAGGAGAAACAAAGUAAUGAAAUGGCUUCAAAUGUGAGUACAGAAGACAAAGACGAAAUCAAAGGUACAGGCAGAGAACCUCUUGCAGAACCACAACAAACAGAAAACGAUGCAAGCACAGACAGCGGAACCAUUGAAGAAUCGCGCAUGGAAGAUACAGAGGAGCGUGAUCAUGAAAAUAUUGACCCUGAAACAUCUAAGACAGAAAUACCAAACACUGACUUAGAAAUGAAAGAAAGGAAUAUUAGACAAAGCCCUGAAGAUGUUAAGGAGAAAAAGAAUACCUCGACAGCCUCUCCGUUUUCAAAGCACUUGAGUAUUCCUUCACCAAAGGUAGCAGCAAAGUCCAAGGUAGUCAAACGAUUAAGUAUACCAAAAGCAAUUACUGGAUCUGCAUACCGCAAGAUGAUGCAGGAUAAGAUAGCACAGAAAGAAAAAGAUGCGCUUGAAAAAGAAAAAAGAAAAGAAGAACGGCUGCAGAAGAGAAAGCUUAAAGAAGAGAUGCUUGCUAAGAAGAAAGCUGAAAGUGAAGCCAAACGAAAGAGAAAUGCUCAAGAAAAGGAGCAAAAGCAGCAAAGGCGUGAAAUGCGCGAGAGAUUAAUGCAAGCAAGAGCCGUCUUGGAGGAUAGUAGCUCCGACGACAAUGAUAACGCCGUCCCGAUCGACAGAAGGAAAUGCUACACAUGUGACUCUGCAUACACAACAGACUUUAUUGAAUGUGUCUCUUGUUUUCGAAGAUUUCAUAUUGAAUGUGUUGAUGAUGAUUACUUGAAUGUUGAAGGUUUGCCGUUCGAGUGUAAAUACUGUUGAAAAGAUCUGAUUCAGUGUAUCUAUACUGAAUGUUUGAAAUGUUAAACUGAACCAGGCGUAACGGAUUUUUGACAGUUGUCAUGAUUUUAAAAACAAUUAUUGCUUAAAGAUAUGAAGUCUCUGUUUGUGUUCAAUUGUUGAAUAAUUUUUUGUACACUAAAAAUAAAAAUAAAAUGCAUUUUUAUGACUUUUAGCAUUGAAACAGUUUUUUUUUAAAAAAAAUAAAAAAUGUUCGGAAAAGGAAGCAGUGGUAAUCGGAAUUAGAAGCCUUGGCCGGUAAUGAGAGCAGUAGUGUACCUGGUACUAAAGUGUCGUAACUCCU